AUGCUUUUGAGGUUCUCUUUAAAUCGCUUUUCAAAAUGAAAUCUUCCUGUUGCAGCCUUACAGAAAUUCAGCGGCGGAUAGAUGAAGUAAAGCGCUUCCUGUCGGGGACUCUAGCCAUCGCUAAUGCUCACACAGUCGAGUUUUACACGCACGACGUGUGGAAGCGGUUCAUUGCCGUGACGCCACAAGAGGUCCUGGCUGCAGUCAGUUCCGGUAGCGACCAGCAGGGAGCGCCAGAACACAAAGAAAAGGCAGAGCAUUCCAGGACCACAUUUGGGUUUUGCAUUCAUUCAAACCGGCUGGUUGACAUCCAUGAGCUGCUAGAGGAGGCCAAGGCCCAAUCCCUUCCUGGCCUUGGAGUGUGUGUGAGCAGGGAUGAGCUGCUGCAGAGCCUGAGAGGCAGCGAGUUGGAGUGUGCAGAAACCGAUAAACUGGAGCCAGAUGAGUUUAUGAACUCAAAGAAAUCCCAUGAAGUCCAGUGCAUGUCUAAGGUGGUGGCUUGUUUGACCCAGCAUUGUGGAGUCAAACAGGUGAUAGACGUGGGGUCAGGGAAGGGCUACCUGAGCUCCUUCCUGUCGCUGCAGUACGGCCUCCAGGUGUUCGGCAUUGACUCCUCCAGCACUAACACGCAUGGUGCUCAGGAGAGGAACAGGAAGCUCAAGAAGUUCUCACGAGUGUACCAGAAACGCUCAAAAGCAGCACAGACCCAAGCGGAGCCCCAAUCCUCGCUUCAAACGGAGAUGGUGGAAAGGAAACCUGGGCUGAAUCAGGACGGGGACGCUUUAGCGGGAAGUGGCUCUCAGCAGGAUGCAGGGGUGUCAGUAGACGCUCCAGCUGCAGAAACUCAGUUGGAGCUUAGUCCAGAAGCAGGGGAGCUCUUUCUGAGCGCUCUGUCGGCAGAUGUGAUUCAGCCUCCAUCCCCCAGAGUUUCUCCAAGUCAGCUCAGUGUGGAGGAGAGGGAGAGGAGGAAGAGAGAGAACCUGGAGAAGAAAGCUCGAAGCAGAGGAGAGGGCGCCGACGGCGUGUUUUCACCGCUCACGUCUUAUGUCACGUCAGAAACUGAGCUGCGGGAUCUCAUCACUGAGCUGGAGGAAGCUGUCAUGGUCGGCCUGCACACGUGUGGCGACUUGGCUGCGAGCACGCUGAGGAUGUUUGUGGCGAAGCCGGAGCUGUCUGCCGUCUGCGGCGUGGGCUGCUGCUAUCACCUGCUGUCUGAGGAGUUUAACCCGGACGGACAGGAGAAACCGUUGCAGACUGCGUGUGGUUUCCCCCUGAGUCAGUACCUCCGCAGUCAGUCCUGUUUCUGCGGCAGGAAUGCCAGGAUGUCAGCAUGUUUGGCACUGGAGCGAGUCUCACUUGGCCAGGGUAUUCAGAUGGAGUCUUUGUUCUACCGAGCAGUGCUUCAUGUUAUUCUGAGGGACCACUACAGCUCCUAUAAAAGCGAGAAGCGGGUCGGAAAUGUUUAUUCCAAAGCAAAAUCAUUUGUGGACUACGUUCGGCGAGCUCUGCACCGAUUGGAGCUGGAUGACUCAAAGCUUUGUGACAGUGACAUUCAGAGCUACCACGACACGUACAAAGCACGGAUGGACGAGAUGCACGCCUUUAACAUGCUGAAGGUGGCCCUUGCUCCAUGCAUCGAGGGUCUGAUUCUGCUGGAUCGUCUCUGCUACCUGAAAGAACAGGAGGGUGUGUCCUUCUCUGCAUUGGUUCAGCUGUUCGACCCCCUGCUGUCUCCUAGAUGCUACGCCGUCGUCGGACUUAAAAGUCAUUCUACGAAACUAAAAAGCUGAGACACUUAUGCAUAUGCACAUGGAGAUGAUACACUUAGAUUAUAUUUAUAUAUGAUUGUCUAUAAUUGUCUUGAAAACGACUAUUGUAGUGCAUCAUUACCUCCUAGUUUAAUUAGAUACAUUGAUUUAAAUCAAUAUGCAUUUCAACCCUCAAGUUUGUAUUUUGCCUCCAAUGGGCCACAUACAUGAAACAUUUGCAGUUUUCUAUUACUUUGAAAUACUUGGAAGAUCUGUGAAGCCUGUGUGAUUUGAAUGAUGUAUUUUGCAGCCUUUUGUCACUGGACUCUUAAGAAAACUUGUUUUAAAGGACCCUUCAGGGAAUUGGGGGUAUUUGGGGAUUUGAGUGAACUUUGGGCACAUCUGGAAAAUCCAUUUCUAGUUGAGGUUGAGAAAUAAGUUGAGGCUGAAUGCGACUUAUUCACUUCUUUCCUAUUGGUUUUAUAAUGUGCGCGACUUGUACAUCUUUAAACCAUCAGAAUCAUUUUGUUGAGAUUGUAUGUGGUAUGCUAACUCAAAUUAACACACCAUAGUGAAGUAAAAGGACAAUAUUUCAUGUUUUUUUAUACUAAUAAAAAUAAUGAAAAUGUAAUAAUUUAUAUGUUGUAUUUCAUACUAAUUAUUUAGGGGACUCCACUUGUGUAGCUUAAUUUCAACAUAAAUACAGCUGUGCUGUGGAGGACUCCGAUGUUUGCCAAGGGAAUAAAGCAAACAUGUGAAAGAAAGACUUUUAAUCAGACGAGACCAAAAUGAUAUACAUAAACAUUCCCUCAGUAAAAUAUUGUGGCGGCAGCAUUAUGCUUUGGGGAUUCUUUUCUGCUAAGGGAAAACUGAAGCAGAUCAAAUUUGUUUGGAAGAUGUUUAGAGCCAACUAAAGGGUAGAUGUGAAAAGAAACCUUCCCAGAGGCUAACGGCUCGAAACUUUUAAAAUAAACUGACUAGAGUUGCAUAGUGUUAGUAACGGAAAAGUGAAUUUUAAACAAUAAAAUAAUGUAAUUGGCAUAAAUUUUAUGUGCUCUGUUUCAGUAUUCACCAUUGAAUCAUUAAUGAUUAAAGCAGAUGUUUCAAAACCCUUUUUUUAACGCAGAAAGCAUUAAUUCUUACAAAAAUAAGAAAAAGCAAAGAUCCUGAACUAAUUAAGCCUGAAACUGUUAGAUCUGCUAGAUUCAGAGCAGAUUGAUAUUAACCAUUUCUUCCUGUCGCACAUCUUCUCCUGCGCCCUCCGUCUGUCGCUGUGGACAGCAACCGGCACAUCUGCAGCCCAUUCACAGGGUUCGUGUAGCUGUGGCGGUGAGACUACACACGUCCCACAGCCUUCUUUUAUUUUUAUCCCAGUUAAGACGGAUCGUGGAGCUCUGGGAUGUGUCCAGGCCGAGUUCGGGAGCUCCGACAGCCUGCCGCAGUGGACAGACGAAAAUGAAAGCAAGUAACAGAUGUGAGCGUGGCUUGUGUUUUUUCAUUUUGGGUGGGGGGGUCCACCAUCGCUUGGGGUUUUGUUUUCGCUGACCGAGUCACAUCCUGUCAAACCUGCCUUGAUGGUCACACGCAUGUUUGUGCAACACUCAUCCAGCCUCUUUCAAGUAUCCACGCAGGGGGAAAAAAAAAACGCCACACACGAAUCUGCUGCCAGUUUACAAUGGGAGGGUAGGUAAACUCCAAUUUCCUGGCUUUGCAUUUAACAGAUGGCAGGAAAAGGUUCUCAGGAUGUGGUGAACGCUUUGAGACACAAAUAGUCCGAAUGAAGAAGGCCGUAUCACCUACAAGGACUUUUCCCUGCCAGGUAGGAAUUGGAGGAAGCGGAAGGGAAGUGAAGGGAAGGGAGUCCGUCUUACGUAUUGGCUUUGAUGAGACUUUCUCACAGAGCAGCUUGAAUCCAGGCCUCUGUAAUCCUCUCUGAUUUGCAAAUUCAUCUCCAGAAAUCCCUAAAGCCCAGGGCUUCAUACGUAAAGCUUUAUCUGAUUUUGUUAGAGUGUAAUUAGAGUUUGGAAUUGGAAGGAAAAUAAUGGGAUUUAUCAUCUCAACACUGCCAAAAAACAAACAAAA